AUGUCCGCCAGAAACAACCACACCUACACCUUCAUCCAACCCCAAAUCCUCCAACACAUCAGCACCUCGCCCAAUGCACCAUCCAAAGCCCGCCGCGCCGCCACCCGCACCCUCGCCCUCGCCAACGAAAUCCAUCAGACCCGCCUUUCCUCCUCUCCCUAUAUUUCCCUCACGUCGCACGCCCAAGCCCGCGAAAUCUACGACUGCCGCAACAAGCGCGGUCUUCCAGGCCUCCUCGUACGCACCGAAUCCUCCUCCGCCCCGACCACCCAAGACGACACCGUAAAUCACGUAUACGACAGCUUCGGCAUCUUCCUGCACUUCCUCUCGUCUGUGCUGGGCCGGCAAUCGAUCGAUAACGACGACCUCCGGCUCAUCGGCUGUCUCCACUACGACAAAAACCUAGACAACGCGUUCUGGACCGGACAGGAAAUUAUCUUCGGCGACGGAGACGGGGUGUACUUCGCUGGGUUCCCCAAGAGUCUGGAUGUCGUCGUGCAUGAGCUGAUGCAUGGAGUGACGGAUCAUACAGCUGGGUUGUUGUACGAGGGUCAGUCUGGAGCGCUGAGCGAGAGUAUCUCUGAUGUGUUUUCUUGUGUGAUUGAGCAGUGGUGGAGGGGACAGGGAGUCGAGGAGGCGGAUUGGGUGGUUGGGAGGGGGGUUUGUGUUUGGCCGAAGGGGAAGAAAGGUGCCGGUGCUGGUGCGGGGGAGAUGGGACUGAGGUCAUUGAAGGCGCCUGGUACAGCUUAUGACGAUCCUGUCCUUGGUAGAGAUGGACAGCCGAGUCAUAUGAGGGAAUUGGUGUGUACUGAGGAGGAUAAUGGUGGGGUGCAUUGGAAUUCGGGCAUUCCGAGCCAUGCGUUUUAUCUUUGCGCUGUGGAGUUCGGGGGACGGAGUUGGGAGAAGGCUGCGGUCGUUUGGUAUCGCGCGUUGUUAGAUCCGAGAGUUGAGCCGAAUUGUAGCUUCCAGAGAUUUGCGAGUGUGACGGUGGAUAUUGCGGAGGCGAUGUUUGGGGGAGAGGCUGGUGAAGUCGUGAAGAGGGCGUGGGUGGCGGUUGGAGUUGAGGUUGGGAUGGUGUUGUGGACGGUGAAGGGUGAUACUGGUUGCUAG